AUGACAGCAUUGGAUGUGUUUGCGGACAAAUACGGCCAUCAAAUGAAGACAAUUACUGUGACUACGAUUUUUUGGGGCGACGAAGACUUUAUAGCCGAAGCGGACAAUAAAGUGUUGAUUUGUUUCGCUUCAACGGCCAUGUCUUCGGACGAGAAACCGUUGAUCACCGUAUCGGGUAAUCAGUCUCUAGUGUCGGACCAAUUGUCGCAACAAAUCACACGUGAUUUACCACAAGAAGGCGUUGAAUGGCAACGGUAUGUACGGCCA